AUGAUAUUUUACUUUAAAGGUGCACAUAACCAAGAAAAGUAUAGAACAACUCGACCUUCUGAAACACUUCACAGACAUGCUUUCUGUCUUGUCACCAUUUUGGUCAUGGUUAUAUCUAUGGUUAUGCUUUCUGUUAUGUUGACAGUAAUAAAGGAAAGAGCAGUCUCAGAGGAAAUAGCAGUCUCAGAAGUGCAUGUGCAACCCGCCUGCCCACCACCGUGGAUUGUAUUUGGAAACAAGUGCUUUUAUUUCUCUGAAGACACGGGGAACUGGACAUUCAGCCAGAAUUUCUGUGACUCACUAGAUGCUCAUCUCGUUCAGAUUGACACCUCAGAGGAACUGACAUUUCUAAAAAGGUACAAAGGCCCCUACGACCAUUGGAUAGGCCUUAGCAGAGAAUCGCCAAGUCACUCUUGGAAAUGGACAAAUUAUACUGGAGGCAAAAUGGAAUUUCAGGUCAGAGGAACUGGGGAAUGUGCCUACUUGAACGAUGAAGGCGUGAGCAGUGCCAGAAUUUCUUCAGGCAAAAAAUGGAUUUGUAGCAAACCCAAUGUCUGCACUUAUCAAAUUACUUGA